GGCCACCGGCUGUAUUGUAGUUCAGUACUCGAAGCGGAGCACUUCUUUCCGAGUCAUGUCAGUUCAAGGAAUUAUCCAAAGCCUCCUGGUGGCCCUGCUCCUUCUCCUGGCAGUCGUAUCCGGAUCCCCGGCCCGGGGAUAUUACCAAUCCCCAUCGCGAGGCGGUCGCAGCUAUACGGAUAUUGCCCGAGUGGUUAAUCCCAAUCAAUACGCCUUCCCGGGAUCCCGCACCUAUCCAGGCCAACCCUUCUGGCCAUCGGGAUAGAAAUAACAAUAUACUAUGUUUGUUUACUACAUGUACAAGACGCGUCUCAGGAUUAGCUAGACAAUGAACUGUUACAUAUUGUACCGGAAGAUAUUCAAUAGAAUUAAGUUUAAGAUAAGUACCAUAAACAGUGCGCCAAAAACUAUUCCAAUGGAAUAAUAUAACUGAAUAAAUGUUAUAAAACAAUA